UCUCUGCACGAAUUUAGUUUUCUCUGUGGCCUUACUACGGCGCAAGUGCCACUUACCUCCUCCAGGGGUUCAAGGGAUGACAGCAUGUUGGAAUUUUGCCUCGGCAGUCUUGUACGUGGUCUAAGGUGAGUUGACCUUUGCCGCGGGUCGUCGUUAGUACGUUUGAAAUCAGAAACGUGAGAGUGAUGGGUAGUGGCAAAAUUGCGACGGCGUUUAUGAGUCGAGGUACGUAUGGAGUAUAGUACCUCACGUGUGAAAAGUCGAGAACAUGCCCCGAUCGGACCUGACACGAAAGUGGGUCUCGUCUUCAGCUGUCGUGGGGGAGGUCCAUUAUUAAAUAAUUGAGGACGACGACUACGAUGAGCGUACAAACAAAACUUGCAUUUCACAAGUCUGGUCCCCGAGGAGACUCGAGUCGUCGUAAUCGACUUCAAGAAAUAGCCCAGAGCACCAUAAGCGCCAUUGAGAAUGGCACGGUCAUCAUUGCCAACGUCUCCCAUGAUCUAGCUGCCAAAGUCAACUUCUCCAAUCAUAACACUCGUUACUAUUCUCCAGAUUCUUUGCUGUCCACCUGGUCUAAUACACCACGUAACGCUGCGGACACGAAAUCUGAGGUAUCUAUCCUCGAGAUUUCCACACUUGAUGGCGCUAGAUCGUUGUUCAAUACCCUUUCAUCUCGUUCCCCGAGCUUCGGUCGGAUAGCAAUCUUGAACUUUGCGUCUGCUACACGACCCGGAGGUGGUUUCUUAAAUGGGGCACAGGCUCAAGAGGAGUCCAUAGCCAGAUCUUCCACGCUUUAUCCAUCUCUAUUGACGGACAGCGCCCAAAACUUCUACCGACUACAUACCCAUGAUAGAAAUGGAGGGUUUUAUCAUCACGCGAUGGUCUAUACACCUUCUGUCGUGAUCUUGAAGGAUGACGCAGGGAAUUGGGCGUCGCCUUUUGAAGUCGACGUUCUAACAAGCGCGGCUGUAAAUGCCGGCAAUGUGAGGAAGAAGAUUGUGGAUGAGUCAGAGCUAGCGGAGAUCGAGAAGCCCAUCGAAUUUGUCAUGAAAGAAAGGAUGGCGCGUAUUCUGUUCUUGUUCGAACAGCAGGGUGCCAAGAACCUCGUCUUGGGCAGUUUUGGAACGGGGGUGUUCCAGAACGAUGUCAAAGUUGUUGCGAGAAUUUGGGCAGAAUUAUUGACGGUGAAAGGUGCGCGAUACCGGCAUUCGUUUGAUCACGUAGUAUUCGCCAUCCUUGGGAAGGAUACCUUUACCACUUUCGAGCAGUCAUUCAAGAAGCAUUAUAGUACUGAUACAUAGACAUCUAUAACUGAAUAUUGGUAUUGGAAUGACCUCAGAUCAGCCUAGUGCUCGUCUGAACAAAUGGCAACAUUCACUCACUCAAUUUUGGCCCGUUACGUCCACACUCCACAUAUUUACACUCGAUGGAUCAAUGGCGCAACAUAGUCUCCUGCUUCAUGACUCAUCUAGAGAAGCGAGCUGCUGCGGCAGCCUGAAACGCAAUGAAUGCGUAACAUCAUGGAGCUUACACGAUGGAUGAUCCUUGACGUACACC